AUGCGCGCCCUGAUCUUCGCCCUCCUGGCUGUCCUCGUGGUCGCCGUAGCUGCCGAACAGUACAACCCAAUUCGUGCUAUCCGCGCCCGUCGUCUGAAUGCGGUUGCCGAACUUGAGAAGUACUUCGACAACAACCCACUCGGACAGAAGAUUGCUCAGUACAUCGAGAAGUCCAAGGAACUCAUCGGUGAAAGUUUGUUACUUUUACUGUGUUUUAAACUAAUCUAA